GAUCUAAUAGCAGACUCCGCCGUCGAUUCCAUGGCUUCUCACCACCACCACCAUCACAACAACAACGGGUGCUCACGCCACCAAAACCACCACAAUAACAUCCCUCUAGUCGCCACAUCAACACACUGCUGCACCCAAAUCAACCACCCUUCUCCGCCGCCGCCGCCGGAGGAUAAUCUUCUCCAUCUUCUCGCAACUUACCUUCAAAAUCAUCAACAAGAAACUCAAUGUUCCUGCGAAACUUCGUGUCAAAACUUCAAUGUUAUUAGAGGUCAACACCGUGUUUUGCGUCAGCAAAAGAAUGUUCCACGAGAAUACGACCAAGUUGUUAUGUCUUGUCUCCUCCGCAAAAUCGAUGAUCUUGAAUCGUCCCUCAACAAGUUUUCAGCUUUCUAUGAGAAACGUCGAGAUCGACACUCUACACUAAGAGAUUCGGCGGCGCGUGUUAUUCAAACCCAUUUCCGCUCUUACCUUGUUCACAGAUCCAUAUCCUUUAGACAACUCAAGGAGCUUGCAAUGAUAAAAUCUAGCUUCUUGUCUCUCAAAUCUUCGGUUUCAGGGAAACCCAUUUUCCCUUUCAAGGUUGUGUCUCGAAAAGCUACUGACUUGCUUCUUCAACUGGAUUCAAUUCAGGGUAGGAUUGAUCCAAUGAUACGAAGUAGUAAGAGAUCACUGAGCAGAGAUUUGGUUAGGUUUUUGCAGUAUGUUGAUGAUUGUGCUGUUAAAAGGUGUGAAUUUGUUGCUAAGUCUGUAAUAAGUGUGAGUAGACGCAGCAAAGUUAAUGGCAAAAAGCCUCAGGGUUUUGGUGUAGCAGAAGCCAGAACAAUCGAAAAAUCGAGGAACCGAGUGGGGAACAAUUUUGUUACUUCUAGUGAGGAUGAAGAUAACAAUGCAGACAUGACUGAUGAUAGUGAAGAAGUUCCAAUGAGUUCUAGUGAUAAGAGAAAGGUUGCUAGCUCUAACUGUGGAACCGGGGUUGUAAUUAAAGAGAAUGUAGUGAAGCCUCCGGUUAGGAAAUUUGUUGUAUUGGACAAGAACAAGAAUGUGUGUCAGGUAUAUGGAACUACGCAUGAUCUAACUUCGAGUGCAGAGGAUGAUUCAGUUGAUGGUGAUGAGGAAACCCUUGUGAUGUCCAGGGGUAAUGGAAGGAGGCAGAGUUUAAAAACUAGGAACGGGGUUUUGGUGAAGGGAAAUGGAGGGAAAACAACUCGGGUGGUGAAAACUGUGAGCUUUGAUGAUAAUGGGAAUGUGUGUAAGGUUUUUGGAGAUUCAGACGACCUAACGUCUAGUGCAGAGGAUGAUUCAGUUGAUGAUGGAGAGGAAACCCUCGUGAUGUCCAGGGAUGAUGGAAAGAGGCAUGGUUCGAAAACUGGGAACAGGGUUUUGGUGAAAGGAAGUGGAGGAAAAACAAACCGUGUGGUGAAAACUGUGAGCUUUGAUGAGAAUGGGAAUGUAUAUAAAGUUUAUGGAGAUACACCAGAGUCAAGCAUAAAUGAGGAAGAUGACUCAACAAGCGGGUCAAACGAUGGAAAUGGAGAAGAGAAAGGGAAUUCGAAUGAGGUUGAGGAAAUUAAAUACGUUCCCAAGGGAAACGAGAGCUUUGAAGAUGAAGAAGAAACUGAAACUGAUUCUGAAAAUGAAGUUUGUUCUUCAGAGGGCAGUGAAGGGAAGACAGGAGUGACAAGAAAUGCGAACCACCAAGGAAGUAACAAACACGAGAGGGAAAUCCAGCUUGAAAAAGGAAGCUUAAUGUUCUCUCCUCCAUUGCCACUAAAAAUGGAGCCUUGACCAAUGUGUCAUGAAAGAAUCAAAGUCUUCCAAAGCUCUUUGUUAAUGACUAGACUAGUUUAAGUCCAAAAACUGCAUUUUGGUAUGUUCUGGGAACCCAAUAAGAUAACCUUUUUUUAGUUUUAGAAAUUGUAACAUAACUGCAUUGUGAGUGUUUUCUUGGUUUGCUCAUUCUGUUUCUGUUUAUCUGUACUCUCUAGUCUCUAUGCCAUUUUCGAGUCUGAGUCUUUUCGUAAUAGAUAAAAUGCUAUUCU